AUGCGUCUCCGGCCCGGACGCAGCGAGCACGACCUGAAGAGGAGAUCCACGCUCGAUCCAGCUGGUCUUUUCAGGCGCGGCGACCGAGCCCGCAACCACGAUAGCCCAUCCACCGAUCGUCUGGCCGUCUCGGAAGACGGUGGCCGCCCUGCGUCGAGCGAGGUUGCGCGGCCCUCGAUCUCGCGCGACUCGCACAACGCCAACGAUGCCCACGACGCCCACGACGCCCACGACGCCCACGACGCCCACGACGCCUACGACGCCCACGACGCCCACGACGCCCACGAUGCCCACGAUAGCCCACCCGCCCAGCCACGGCCCUCGAACCCGCGCCGCUUCUCCAUGCUGAGGUUCCGCCACGCCUCCGAUUCGCAGCUAUCGACGACAGCCAGGGAGCAUGCUGAAAAGGCGCCUCCGGUGCCGCCGGUGCCGCCGGUGCCUGCCAGCGCCGCAGAACGCAGCAACGAGCAAUCGCCGCCUGCUAUCAUCACCACCCCCCCAACCUUCAUGGACCCCGAAGACGACCCGCGACCCGCCCACGCCCACGACCUCGAGCAUGACCUCGACCACGACCAGCCAGCUGCCGCCAAGAAGCGCAGCCGUCUGCAGCACUUCACCCUGCGUCGCCGCUCCUUCGACCCCGCGAGCGUCGACAGGCCCGGCGGCCUCCUGCGCAAGUCCAUGGACAAGAAGCGCCCCCUGGCCCUCGGCUCCUGGAAGAGCAGGCACAACCUGCUCGACGACGGCAACGUGGCUCAAGCUCCAGCUACAGCCCCAGCUACAGCUCCGCCCCCAGACGCCGAUCCAGAGCCAGAGCCAGACCGCUUCUCCGCGAGCCCGCAGCGGCCCGACGAACGUUCCGAGGCCCGCGACUUCGCUGAAAGCACCACCGCCCUGCUGCCCCCCGCCCACCGCGCCUCCGAGUCAUCGCGCUCCGACGGCAGCUCGACCGGCCAUGUUUCGUUCGAAACAAGCACCCGGCCCCCGCACCCCCAGCGUGCGGGCUCCACGCGCUUUGGCUUCAGCCGGCGCAAGCAGCGCGCCUCUCUGUUCCCCCUGCCCAUGAAGAUCGAGCCGCCCCAGUUCCCAGACACGGCGCCCGCAACACCGCGCGCCUCCAUGGGCGGCCCCAGCUCCGCCUCUCCCGGCUCUCCCACCGGCAGUCCCCCCUUGACCGCGCGCCGCUACACAGAAGGCGCAGGUGGCACCCACACGCCGCCGCUGCCUUCCGCCUCGCAGGUCGCCCUGGCUGCCACUUCGCUGAACCUGGCCUCCCCGGGCGCCGCCUCGCUCUUCCGCAACGACUCGUCCAGAUCCGCUCGCUCGGCUCGUUCGUCCCCUCAGCCGCCCAAGCGCAUGGGGCUACGCGCCCGCUCGUCCACCAUGGGCUCCCUGGGCGGCAUGUCCGACGACAAUCCGUCUUCCACUCCGCCCAAUGGAUUCAGCGGGAGGACCUCGACCUCCAUCACCGCGGGACGCAGCAGCUUCAGCAACCUGUUCAGCCUGGGACGCUUUCGUCAGAACGACCUGCACCCAUCCAGGCAUGGCUCGCCCGCCCACGGGUACACAGGCACCUCCGGCUCCUCGCACCAGAACUCGCUCAGCAUCAGUAGGGAGACGCUGGCCAUGCCCGAGCGCGAGGAAGGCGAGACGCCCGGUCGUUAUCUCGAGAGAAUCGAAGCCAACAACGUCGACAAGAGUGUCAUUGCCAGCUAUCUGUCCAAGACAGACGAUGCCUUCCUGCUCUCCGUCCUGCGAAGUUACAUGCGCAGAUUUGCUUUCUUUGGCGAUCCCAUCGACAUGGCUGUUCGCAAGUUGCUCAUGCAGGUCGAGCUGCCCAAGGAAACCCAGCAGAUCGACAGGGUCCUGCAGGGCUUCGCCGACCGCUACCACGAAUGCAACCCUGGCAUCUACAUCAACACAGACAAGGCCUACUUCAUAUCCUUCUCCAUCAUCAUCCUCCACACCGAUUUCUUCAACAAGAACAAUAAACGCAAGAUGCAAAGGCACGACUACAUCAAAAACUCGUCGUGCGAGGGUGUUUCUGAUGACGUUCUUGGGUGCAUCUACGAUAACGUCGUAUACACACCGUUCAUUCACAUCGAGGACGAAGUCGAUCUCAAGAACAUCUCGUCGAAGAAGAGCAGGAGAACGGCAGUGCUCAAGGGCCCCAACGAUCCUGCCCGUAAGGUCAAAAAGGAGCCCAUCGACCCCUACACAUUAAUCUUCGAAGGCAAACUGGACGUCCUCCGGCCCACCAUCAAGGACGUGAUGAACCUGGACGAUCCCUACAACUAUCUCGGUACCGCUGCGACGCUUGACACGAAGAACAUCUACAAGUCUUUUACCAGGUACGGUGUCAUUCAAAUCGUCUCGUCACGCUCCAGGCCAGAAGCCUUCAUGUCAGAAGCCGCCCAGGAGAACCCUCUCGGGACGUCAGUCGGCAUUGUCGAGAUGCCCGUGACCAAAGUCGGGAUACUGUGGAGGAAGGAUCCAAAACGCAAGAAAGCACGGUCUCCGUGGCAGGAGUGGGGUGCAGUGCUCACUCGUUCAGGUCUUUCGCUGUUCCGUAACAGCAGCUGGGCUAAGAAUUUGAUGAGCCAACAUGAACAGCACCUCAAGCACGGUGAAGCGGGCCCUGCGGUCUUUUCGCCAGCGCUGCAAGAGUUCAAACAGGAUCACAUGAUACCCAUGGACGGUGCUGUCGCUUUGGUCGACAACACAUACAAGAGGCACAAGAACGCUUUUUCCAUGUGCUCCAAGAUCGGCGAGGAGACAUUCUUGGCUGACAGCGAACAAGACCUAAACGACUGGCUAGGCGUCCUCAACUACACUGCCGCCUUUGAGACGUUAGGCGUUCGUUCCAGAGGUAUGGUUGGUGGACUCUAUGAAGGUCAGAAGAACCGUGGGAUCAGACGUCUGGACUCGUCUCAGUCUGGCAAGUCUAUUCCUACUGCGACUGGCGACGUACUGGUUCAGAGCGGCAAGAUCGACACCCACUUCGCACAACAAGUGGUGACGGCACGAAGAGACAUGAUGCAAGCCCGGAUCUCUGACUCGGAGGACAAACUAGCCGAUGCCAUCAGGGAGCUGGAGGCCCGCCUCCGUGAUGCGAGACACCUUCAGAUUCUAGCGCCCAUCCAACCGAAAACCCGAGAGCUGGUGAUACAUGCAGCAGGUCGUCUAUCGGCAAAACUCAAGUGGUCUCGCAUCGAGAUAUGGCGGAUGAAAUGCCACCGCGACAUCCUAGCACACGAGCUGGAGGAUGAGAGACAGAGUGCUACCGAGACACAAGCGCGGAACGAUCGGAUAGCAGAAUCCUCGCAAGCACCGCCUGCGCAGAACUCGCCUGCCUCCACUAGCAAAACGUCCAAAAUCAGCGGUCUUGCACGCUUAGCGUCAAAGACGAGCUCACUCACGAGCAGUCAUAAACCGCCACAGUCUUCCGAAGGAUUUACCGCUCGUCCAACUACGAAAUCUUCUGGGAACACAGAAAUGGACGAGAGCGUGUUCAAAACGCCUCCCGAGAUGCCACGCCAGACAAGUCUCACGUUUCCUUCAGGCUCCUACAGUGUGCCGCCCAUCUCAUUCAGCCCACCCGCAUCAGACCGCCGAAGCUCGAUAGCCAGCUCUUCGGUGCAAUCUCCCAGGAUGUACCCUGCUGAUAAACGACCCUCUGUAUCCACUUUCGACGAUGGCACGGUGGGUUCAGAUGAUGACUCUGACGAUGACGUUAGAUAUGCCACACCUCCCCUCAUCGAGACAGAUGCGAUCCAGCCCAAAACACCAGACCCAGCCACAGACGGGGCUGUCGAAUCGGACGCAGAGCAGAGCCUUGCAGCUCACGCAGGUUCUCCUGUAUCGCGCACGAAGCACAGGCGAAGCUUGCAUCGUACGCUCCGAGACUCGCAUGGCAGUUCAUCGCACCGUCGCAGCCACAAAGGCCGAGACUCAGCCUCGACCAUUACCAGCGACGGCACCUCGGAGAGCGAAGGUCUAGCCCGUAGCAAGGGUAGCUUCACUGUACACGGCAAGAAGGCUUCUGUCAUUCAGUUUGGAUCUGAUUGGCACAACACUACAGCUGAAGAGAGGCUGAAGACUAAGAAGCAGCUGCAAGAGGCUCAGGAACUAGCUUCUGCUGAUGAGCGAGAUGGCAGCGUCAGUGAUGGAACCGUUGUCAGUCCUGGGUCCGAAAAGAACGACGACACACCUCGCCGCAAAAUGUCCUCGGAGCAGGUCAAGCAGCGUCUUGUUUCCUCUCAGACCAUCACUCCCGACAAUUUCCAUCAAUCCCUCGAGUAUCAGGAUGCCGCCUCAAAUGGGAGUUCUGAGUUGAGCGAUGUUGCCGAGGAGAGAACAAGCAAAGACGGCGAACCGAUUGAGACGGCCAUCACUGAGCCUGCCGCAAUCGAGCCAGCGUCUACCACAGCAUCGUCUAUGGACUAUAUCAAACAACUGACGGCACAUAACCAAGUCCUCGCCAUCGAAGGAAACAAAGAGCAGGUCAACUCCACCCCUUGA